AUGCCGGAUGCGUUCUGGAGGAAGUCGCCGAGCAUCGCUGCCAAGUUGAAGGAGCAAGCCGCGCAAGAACUGAGGGCCGAUUUCACCAAGGAGCUCGAAGCCUUCUAUGACUUCUUCAAGGUCGAUGUGGUGUCUGCCAUCUCACGGUUGCACCUGCCUGCCAGCUUCUGGUCCUUCCUUGCCUUCUGCCGCGAGACCAUCAAGGAGUUUCAGCUGGUUGGCACUGAGGAAGAUGAAGCAGGCACCGAGGUGGAGCUGCAGAUGUGCGAGCCGCUCUUCCGCCUCCUCAUCAGUGGCAUCAUCUUGCCGGUGCUGAGCCACCCAAAGAAGUAUGGUGGACGAGAGGUGGGCCUAUGGCGCUGCGAGAAGGGCAACUUCGACGGCGACGUCCUGUUCAACCUCCGUGCCGUGGUGGCGGCCUUUGAGGACAUGGUCUUGCUCGUCCCCAGUGGAAAGAAGGCGCUGAACAAGAUCGGAUCUCGUCUGAGGCCCGAGGUCCUGCGCUUCAUCCUCGAGCGGCUCAUGACGGGAGGAGAUGAGCCCGACACUAUCGUCACGGUGCAGACCUUCCUGUCGCACUAUGAUCGCGUGCCAACGAGCAUUUACAUCUCCACCUCCCAGCUCGUCCUGUUUCAGAACAUGAUCUUGAACAACGUGAACAAGAUCAGGCUCACUUCCGGCGACCCUCUGGACGAGGCAGCGAAGAAGGUUGGCCCCUGGUCCGAGGAAUUCGUAAAGGAGGCGAAGGGAAAGGCAGACAAAGGCCUUGAAGCUCUCUACCGCCUCGAGAUCCAGCAUCGCUUCUUCUUCACGGAUCGAUCGAUGACGGUGUGCCCAGCUUCGAAGUGCACUGUGCCCCGACGCCUGAGCUCUGCAGCAGGAAGUGAGAGCCAUCGUGCCGACGAGGGGGACGUGUCGCAGAACGUAGACGUGAUCCGAACACUGAAAGAAGAUAACCCGCACAAGGUUUUGGAGGAUCUGUUCCGACACUUGCCGCCUCUGACUGCGACGAACUUCCAGGACCUCCAGAGUGAGUUCGAGGCCCUUCUCGCCCAGUUCGCUGCAGCAGAGAACGACUUCUGGGAGAAGAAGCUCAGCGAGGGUUUGGCCGCCGUCGGUGACCUCAUUGACACAGAGACAAGUCCCGAGGAGGUGUUGGACACGAUGGCUUCCGUGAUCCUGGCGCGGAACCGCCACAGCCGAUACCUGCAGUCUGUGCUCGCCGGCCUCUCGCAGCUCGGGACGGCCCGUGACCGGCACGGCGACGAGAUCCGCAGGACUGAGAUGGAGCUGAAGGCGUUGAUCCAGCACUCAAAGACCAUGCACUUGCCGACACGGAUACUGGAGGCUGCCAAGGCAGAGUCGACCAUCCUUCGCGGCAGUGAGAUCAACUUCCUGAUUCGAAAGCAGGACGCCAGGGUGAGGACCAAGACGGGCAACAAGGUACUUCGACUUCGUCUUGCAGACUUGGUGGAGAAGGGCCAGGUCUUGGCCUGUUACAGCGAGCUGGACACAGUGCAAGAACACGUGUACCUCACCCUCUGGUCUUCAGACUCGGAUGUCAUCGUCCACGUGGGCCUCUUGGAUGAUGAUGGCUUCCUCCUGGAGUUCCUGAAGGAGUUCCCGAUCCUUGAGUCGAUGGUCAAGCAGGUCGCCCUCGCGGAUCGCAACGCAACCAUCGGACUGCCGCCGGAAGGACCUGUGCUGAUGAAGUGGAAGUCCAUGGAGUUAGCUAGCAUCCUCAAGUCUGUGCCUCCGGCUGACUGA